CUCAUCUCCAGACUACAGACGUCUGGAGAAAAGGAUCGCUUCGGAGGGCGGGCUGUAUCCCUGAAGAGCUCCUCCUCCUCCCCCCAGAUUCGGCCUUUUCCAGGCUCCACCGACAAAUGUCCGGGAAUCUCCCCGCCUGAGGUUGGCAGCCCUGCUCUCUGGUGAGGCCCUACGUGGUCCUGACAAGCCAAAGGGCCCCUGGGCUUAUGAGAUGAAGUUGUCCUUCAAGUGGGGUCUUCACGUCAGUGGAUGUAGAAGGAGGAUAUAACUUCGCCCCCAGGAACCAGCAGCUGACAAGCGUCCUGUUGCCACCCUUGCCCAGCCCGUGACCCCUCGUGCCUCGCCUCCAACCACGGCGGAGUCCGCCAAGCCCACCCUCUGCAGAGUCAUCAUCUACCUGCAGAAGGAGAUGUCCGGGGACACCUGCCUGACCACCGCCCACCCCCUGCCGGGAGCCAAGCCCAGGAGCGGCAGUGUCAAAGCUGGCAGCCCGGGCAGCAAAUACCUGCGCCUCAACGUGGGCGGCUCCCUGUACUACACCACCGUGCCUGUGCUGACGCGGCACGACACCAUGCUGAAGGCCAUGUUCAGCGGCAGGAUGGAGGUCCUCUCUGACAAGGAAGGCUGGAUCCUCAUUGAUCGUUGCGGGAAGCACUUUGGGAGCAUUCUCAACUACCUCCGCGACAACACAGUUGCGCUGCCCAAAAACCGGCAGGAGAUCAAAGAACUGAUGGCGGAAGCCAAGUAUUACCUAAUCCAGGGGCUGGUCGACCUCUGCCAGGCUGCCCUGCAGGACAAGAAGGAUUCCUACAAGGCAGUCUGCAACAUCCCUGUCAUCACCUCCCCCAAGGAAGAAGAAAGGCUCAUAGAGUCCUCCGUGAAGCCUGUGGUGAAGCUGCUUUACAACAGAAGUAACAACAAAUACUCCUACACAAGCAACUCUGAUGACAACCUGCUGAAGAACAUUGAACUGUUUGAUAAGCUCUCCCUCCGCUUCAACGGGCGGGUCCUCUUCAUCAAGGAUGUGAUUGGCGAUGAGAUCUGCUGCUGGUCCUUCUACGGGCAGGGGCGGAAACUGGCCGAAGUCUGCUGCACGUCGAUCGUCUAUGCUACCGAGAAGAAGCAGACCAAGGUUGAGUUCCCCGAGGCCCGAAUCUACGAGGAAACGCUGAAUGUUCUGCUGUACGAGACCCCCCGCGUACCCGACAACUCUCUGCUGGAAGCCACAAGCCGCAGCCAGGCCUCUCAGAGCGAGGACGACGAUGGCUUCGAGCUGUGCGACAGGGUGCGGCGCAUCCACGUGAAGCGAUACAGCACUUACGAUGACCGGCAGAUCGGCCACUAGGCCCCUGCGGCAGCACCAAAGGGCAUCUCCCGGCCAGCGAGGGCCUGGCUGCUGGAUGCUCUGAAUGGUUCCCCGGUCAGGUGUCUGGCAUCGGUUUGGUUGUGGCUUAUGCCAACCCGCUCAGCACGUUUGUGACUCGUCCCGUUGCAGGAGGAUUGAGGGCCUGAUGCCUUGUGCUGCUGGCUUACUUUAGCAGUCUUAAACGAAGCACCCCUUUUCCCGGCUCUGGAAGCCCCCCUGGGUUGACUGUCUCCCCCCCUCCUGUCUUCCCUUGCCAGCGACCCUCUCACAGAAGUGGCCUUGAGGACUCUCCUUAAACUGCCUUUUUUAACAGACGUUUGCGAUCCAGUUGCAGAGGAUGACCGGAAGGUCCAAACGCAGCAGUGAGGUGGCCAAUCGGCUCUUUUUCUGUCUAGGGGAGACGGGGCUUUGUGUCUGAACCUGAGUAGAGUUUGGUUCUGAAGGCUCGCUUGGAGCUGGGAGGGCUUCCGGGGGGCCGCCCCCCCCUUGCCUCUAUUCGUGGUGUCGGGGAGCACCUGCACGUCCUAGUGCUGCCUCCCCCUCCCCAGCCUUGGACAAAUGGAAGGGCAGCUGGGUCCGCAGAGGCCCACCUUUGGGACUUCACCCGCGACUCGUUCACGGCUGCCGUGUGAUCCUGCUGCUGGGUCAUGUGUUCAUAAACCAAUUGGGGUUUUUAAUUAUUUUAGCAUAUCGGCGAAUAAAGUCAAAGAGUAAG